AUACUACCAGAUGCUACGUUUCUGCCGACCGUAGACAAUGUAAAGUUACGAAAAAUAUGCCACGCAAACAAAAUUAAACAAAAUAAAUGCAAUUGUUGACAGAAAUAAAAAUAAUGUCAAUGCGGUACACGUGCAUUGCAAAAAAACCUUUAUUAUCCAUUUGUGUCAUACUAAUUAUGUUUGUGUUGCUCAGAUUUAAGUCAAUAAUUUAAGUCUUUCAUACUCUAAGAACUAAAUAAUUCCAUACUUGAAAUCUACGCUAAAAUCACAUGUCACAACUGCCAAACAAAAGGUGAAUCCUGGUAACAUUCCAAAAACAAACUCGUUCGUGUAAUGAUGAACUUGUGAACCGGCAACGCCGUCGUUUUCGUACGACAAUAACUUUUGUGUUUGUUCUUUGUUCUUUUUUUACAAUUUAAAUGAAGUGAACAACGUCCAGUGCUGUGAGUUUUAUUACUAUUUUGUUUUCUGUAGUGUAGUAACAAUAAAAGAACAAUGCAAAACGAUAUGGAGAAUGGCGGCGGCGACGCCAAUACCAAUGUGUCACCGACCAAACUCAUGGUCAAUUACAUACCGGAGCUGAUGACGCGCGACAUGAUGUACGCGCUCUUCUCUGCCAUGGGUAAAAUAGAGAGCUGCAAGCUGAUAGCGAAUCGCGGCUACGGCUUUGUUGAGUAUGAAAAACAUGAGGACGCUGAGAAGGCGCGGGCUGCAUUCAACGGCCUACUGAUGCAAGGCAAGACGCUGAAAGUGUCGUUUGCGCUCCUCAACCCUGAGAACAAAGUCAGCCACAAGCCCGACACCGAAUCCAACCUGUACAUCAGCAAUUUACCACCAGACAUGACCCUCGAAAGACUCAACACUCUUUUCAGUCCUUUCGGUAACAUCACGAAUAGCCGCGUGUCACAAGGUAUCGGCUUUGUUUGCUACGAGACCCGGCAACAGGCCGAAGAUGCAAUAAAACACAUGAACGGACAAUGCCCAAUACCGGGAGCGGGUGCCGUCAUCGUCAAGUUUGCGAAUAAACCUAACGCAAAUAAAAAUGCUCCUAGACCUUCGGCACGUUCCGGCGUGGGAGCUCCGCCGAUCGCGUAUAACGGAGCAACUGCUGUGUUCAACGGUUCUACGCCUGCAGCUUUCAACGGUACUAAUAUUAGUGCAGCGUUCGGAGCGCGCGCUUAUGCCACUGGUUUCCCGCAGGCGUCGCCGCCACCACUGCUACCUUCGCCCGGCAAGGCGCUGCCAUUCAUCAAUAAAGGCCAACAACGCUUCAAUCCAAUGGCUGCUUCGAACCACAAUACGUUGCCGCUGUUAGGAGCGCCCGCAAGUCCGUUGCCGUUGUUGGGUACGCCCCCUGCAUCACAUCAGACCACAGUGUAUGUAUACAACAUAGGCGAGGAGACCGAAGAGCUGGCUCUUUGGCAGCUCUUUGGCCCCUAUGGUGCCAUCGAUUCUAUAAAAGUGAUAAAGGAUCCAGAAACUAAGAAAAAUAAAGGUUUUGCAUUUGUGAACAUGCGUGAGUAUGAUGAGGCUGCGAUGGCCAUCCAGGCUCUCAAUGGGUACACGCUCAAUGGACAGGUUCUAUCUGUUAGCUUUAAGACACAGAAACGAAGCGGUCAGUGAGUGCGGACGUUGUGACGCCGUCUCUGUGAUCAUCCUAGGCGGGAUGCUUAAACAAAGAAUUUUCAUUCCAAUCUCAAAAUAUUUUUGUAGUCGAGAAGGGAUCCUAUGUGCAUUUCAGAUUUAGUCACAUAAGUAUUUUUGUAAGAUUGAUAGUUUUAUAUUUGGCGAGAGCGCGACAUGACUAUCUGUGUGAGUUUUAGUUGGCUUGACAGUAUCAUAUAUGUGUACUCAGUUUAUAUUGUAUGAUAUAGUAUAUAGUAUCAACUAUGUAUGACCUGUCGCAAUAUGUAUGUGUUGGGGUGGCGUGGCUCCGCCUCAGCAAACGCGCCUCCGCCCCUCACCCUCCAGCUAUUUUUAUUUUGUGUAAAACAAAACCAUUGUAUGUUUUUAAUCUUUAAUAAAUUUCAUGUUUAAAUAGAA